AUGGCUCCCUCCGCACGGGGGACCCUCACUUCUGUGAUCUUCCUCCUGAGCUGCUGGGCGCUCCCUGAUCCCCGGCAGCAGUUUCUGCAGGUCCUGGAGCCAGGGGACGUGACCUCUUUCUUUGGCCCCGACGCUGCCUUUGAAGGCCGCCCCGCUGCCCCUCGCCUCCGGAGACGGGCUGCCGGGGACGUCCUGAACCUGGAGCUGCUGGUGGCCGCGGGUCCCGACGUCCACCAGGCCCACGGGGAGGACACAGAGCGUUACGUGCUCACCAACCUCAACAUGGGGUCAGAGCUGCUGAGGGAUCCAUCCCUGGGGGCUCAGUUCCGAGUUCACCUGGUGAAGAUGGUCAUCCUCACCCAGCUUGAGGAUGCUCCGAAGAUCACAGCCAACAUCACCGCGUCACUGCUGAGCGUCUGUGAGUGGAGCAGGACGGUCAACCCCGAGGACGACACAGACCCUGCGCAUGCUGACCUGGUCCUGUACAUCACCAGGUUUGACCUGGAAUUGCCCGAUGGUAACCGGCAGGUUCGGGGGGUCACCCAGCUGGGGGGCGCCUGCUCCUCCUCCUGGAGCUGCCUUAUCACUGAGGAUACCGGCUUCGACCUGGGGCUCACCAUCGCCCACGAGAUUGGGCACAGCUUCGGCCUGGAGCACGACGGCGUGCCAGGCAGCGGCUGCGGGCCCAGCGGGCACGUGAUGGCCUCGGACGGCGCGGCGCCCGCCCUCGCCCUCGGGGGCCCGGCGUGGUCCCCCUGCAGCCGCCGGCAGCUGCUGAGUCUGCUCAGCGCAGGACGGGCGCGCUGCGUGUGGGACCCUCCGGGGCCGCGGUCCGGGCCUGCGGGGCGGCCUCUGGAGGCGCAGCCCGGCCUCUACUACGGCGCGGACGAGCAGUGUCGGAUCGCCUUCGGCCCUACGGCAGUCGCUUGCACCUUCCGCGGGGAGCACCUGGACAUGUGCCAGGCUCUCUCCUGCCACACAGACCCCCUGGACCCAAGCAGCUGUAGCCGCCUACUUAUUCCUCUCCUGGACGGGACAGAGUGUGGCGUGGGGAAGUGGUGCUCCAAGGGUCACUGCCGCUCGCUGGCAGAGCUGGCCCCCGUGGGGGUGGUGCACGGGCACUGGUCAGGCUGGGGGCCCGCCAGUCCUUGCUCCCGCUCCUGCGGAGGUGGCGUGGUCACCAGGAGGCGGCGGUGCAACAACCCCAGGCCUGCCUUUGGGGGGCGCGCGUGCUUAGGUUCUGACCUCCAGGCUGAGAUGUGCAACACUCAGGCCUGUGAGAAGACCCAGCUGGAGUUCAUGUCCGAGCAGUGCGCGCAGACUGACGGCGAGCCCUUGCGCCUCUCCCCGGGGGGCAGCGCCGCCUUCUACCGCUGGGGGGCCGCGGAGCAGUACAGCGAAGGGAACGCCUUGUGCAGGCACGUGUGCCGGGCCGUCGGCGAGAGCUUCAUGGUGCGGCGUGGGGACCGUUUCCUGGACGGCACGCGCUGUGUGCCGGGCGACCCUCAGGAGGACGGGGCCCUGAGCCUGUGUGUGUCGGGCAGCUGCAGGACGUUCGGCUGUGACGGCAGGAUGGACUCCGGGCAGGUGCGGGACAUGUGCCAGGUGUGCGGCGGGGACAACAGCACGUGCCGGCCGCAGAACGGCUCCUUCACGGCCGGAAGGGCCAGAGAGUACGUCACGUUCCUGACCGUCACCCCCAACCUGACUAGCAUCUACGUCGUCAACCGCAGGCCCCUCUUCACACACCUGGCAGUGAGGGUGCGUGGGCGCUACGCCGUGGCUGGAAACGGCAGCAUCUCCGCCAGCACCACCUACCCCUCCAUCCUGGAGGACAGCCGCGUGGAGUACAGGGUGAGCCUGAGUGAGGACCGGCUGCCCCGCCGGGAGGAGAUCCGCAUCCAGGGCCCCACCCGGGGUGACAUGGAGAUCCAGGUUUACAGGCGCUACGGCGAGGAGUACGGCAGCGCUGCCCGCCCGGACAUCACCUUCACCUACUUCCAGCCGGAGCAGCGGCAGGCCUGGGCGUGGGCCCCGGUGUGGGGGCCCUGCUCCGUGAGCUGCGGGGCAGGGCUGCGACAGGUGACCUACAGCUGUCGGGACCAGGCCAGGAGCGAGUGGGUGGAGGCUGCCCGCUGUGCGGGGAGCCGGCCCCCGGCGGCGUGGUCAGAGACCUGCGCCCCCGAGCCCUGCCCCCCGCACUGGGCGACUGGAGACUUCGGCCCCUGCAGCGCCUCGUGUGGGGGUGGCCUGCGGGAGCGGGAGGUGCGCUGCGUGGAGGUCUGGGGCGGCCUGCUGAGGACCGUGCCCCGCUCCCGGUGCAGAGCGCUGGCCCCGCAGCCGGCGGCCGUGGACACCUGCAAUUCCCAGCCCUGCCCCCAGAGGGAGGCAGACGCAUGCUCGUCAGCCUGUGGAGCAGACCUGGCCAUGCAGAACACGACGUGUAUGCUGGGGGCAGAUGGCACAGGGCUGCCGGCAACUGCUGGGCCCUGCUCCACAGAUGAGAACCCGCCUGCCCCGGAGCCCUGUGUCAAGGUGGCAUGUCCUCCCGGCUGGGACCAGCUGGAUGUCCGGUCCCCGGGGCGGGAGGCUGCGUCCCCAGCGGGCAGCCCCAGGCUGGAUGCGCUUGCCGCACACGUGUGGACGCCCCUGGCAGGGCCGUGCUCGGCCUCCUGCGGUCAAGGCCUGGCGGAGCUGCGUUUUGUGUGCAUGGACCCUGCCCUCAGGACGCCUGUCCGGGAAGAGCUGUGUGACCCGGCCAGCAAGCCUGGGAGCCGGCGGGAGGCCUGCCAGGCUGCCCCGUGCCCGGCCAGGUGGCGGUACAAGCUGGCGGCCUGCAGCCUGAGCUGUGGGGGAGGGGUGGCGCGGAGGAUCCUGCACUGUGCCCGGGCCCACGGGGAGGACGCGGACGAGGAGACCCUGCCGGAUACCCAGUGCCAGGGGCUGCCCCGCCCGGAGCCGCAGGAGGCCUGCAGCCCGGAGCCCUGCCCACCCAGGUGGGAAGUGACGUCCCUCGGCCCGUGCUCAGCCAGCUGUGGGCUUGGCACGGCCACACGCUCGGUGGCCUGUGUGCGGCUGGAGAGCGGCAAGGACACGGAGGUGGACGGGGCGGCCUGUGCAGGUCUGGUGCGGCCGCAGGCCAGCAUCCCUUGCGUCGUCGCUGACUGUGCUUACCGGUGGCACGUCAGCGCCUGGACGCAGUGCUCUGUCUCGUGUGGGGAGGGCAUCCAGCGUCGGCAUGACGCCUGCUUAGGACCCUGGGCCCGGGUGCCUGUGCCCGCAGACUUCUGCCAGCAGCUGCCCAAGCCGCUGACCGUGCGGGGCUGCUGGGCUGGGCCCUGCGCGGGGCAGGGGACGGCCAGCCCGGCACCCCACGAGGAAGCAGCCACUCAAGGUCAGACCACAGCUGCCACAGCUGCGUCCCCGGAGUGGCCCCAGCCCCAUGCCCACCUCCUCUCCCCAGCUCAAGGACGCCUGCCUGGGCCCCAGGAAAGCCCAGUGGAGACCAGUGUCUGUGGCCGGCAGCACCUUGAGCCAACAGGAGUCAUCGACAUGCGAGGCAUGGUGCGGGCGGACUGUGCGGUGGCCAUCGGGCGGCCCCUGGGUGAAGUGGUGACCCUCCGGGUCUUGCAGGGUUCUCUCAACUGCAGUGCUGGGGAGAUGCUGCUGCUUUGGGGCCGGCUCGUGUGGAGGAAGAUGUGCGGGAAGCCGGCUGGCAUGGCUUUCAGCUCCCAAGCCAACACGCUGCUGGUGAGGCAGCGUCUCGUGCAGGUUGGAGGCGGAGUGCUGCUGCGGUAUUCAAGCCAGCUUGCCCCGGGAGCCUUCCCCCGAGGAUGUGACACACAGCUCUUCGGACCCCGGGGUGAAAUCUCGAGCCCAUUGAUGAGUCCGGGUGGGAGGAACGUGGGGGGCUGUCGCAUCUUCAUCGACGUGGCCCCGCAGGCCCGGAUUGCCAUCCACGCCCUGACCGUGGACAGGGGCACCAGAGCCGAGGGAACUGAUGCAAGCUACAUCUUGAUCCGGGACAUCCACAGCCUGAGGACAACGGCAUUUCGUGGGCAGCAGACGCUCUACUGGGAGUCAGAGGGCAGCCAGGCAGAGAUGGAGUUUAGCCAGGGCUUCCUGGAAGCGCAGGCCAGCCUUCGGGGCCAGUACUGGACCCUCCACACGAGAGCUCCUUAG